AUGGACGACGACAACACCCUCGCACAGAUAAAAUCUGUAGUCGAUAGCCUGCAGUCUCCUAUAGCUGACCUUCAAAUUCUGUUAUCUUUACUUUCUCGCCCUUUGGACUACAUAGGCCUUCUUCCACCACAAUGUCGCCGGUUCAAUCUCGAGCCGGUUCAAGGAUCGCGAGCUCUUGAUAUUGCAAAGGUCUUUCCUCCGCUUCAAAGAGUGUUAAUUGAGCACGUUCUGCCAACGUGGUCGACAGUCCUUGCUGACGAAGGCCAUCUGCCCCUCAUCGAUCAAUAUUUCUGCCCCGACGCGUUUUCUUUUGCACUAUCUGCUGCAGGAGAUGUGGUGCUCUGCGCUUAUUCCACAUUGCUCUCUUCAGUGCUCACAGAAGAAUCCAUUAGAUUAUUAGCCAAGUUGUCAACUCAGUAUCCUAUUGACAGACUUUAUACCGCUGCUUUCGCUGGCAACAAUUUAUCAGCUAGGAAGUCAGUCAGAUGGGAUGACUUCCCAUUAAAAGCUGCCAACGCAGCUGGCACGCGAGACUUACCCCCAGAACUUGAGCUUGCGACUUACUUCGACGACUUCAGCAGCAGCACGGAGCGUCUAAUAUUCACUCUCUCCCGUUCACCAUCGCAAGAUAGGAUAACAUCUGUCGCACAACUUCUGAUGAAACUUGUGAAUGUCGGCGUGUUUCCAUCCUUAUCGUUCUUACCACAGUCCCAACCAUCCUUCUUUCGUUCCACGCUAGCCACAAUCCGCGUGAGGUUUAAACAGGACGACGACCACAACUACUCCAAGUUCUGGACAAAUACACUCAUUUCUCUCCCAUCCACGGUUGCCCAGCAGACUAUAUUCGCGUCGUUGUGUUCUUCUCUGACGCAAUUACCUAGUAACUUGGGCGUUACGGCGCGAGAUAGAGGCAUUGUCGUGCAAGAAUCCUUAUUGCUUCGUGCCAUGUUCGGAACUCUCCGACCAGAAUCAGAUGCACCUAUAUUAUCACGCGAUUGGAAAGAGAGCCAUGCCAGGAUAUUCGUCAGCUGGGCAGCCGGUGCAAAAACAGCACUCCGGGCUUUGUUGUCACGUACUUUGGAUAUGUGGUGCGCUCCAGAGCACAUCAAGCACUCACUGCUGUUACGGCAUCGUUAUGUUACAUCACUGCUUCUUCUCAUUGUAUCGUACUUCCCUCGUCAAUCAGAAUAUGUGGUGUCAACCGCGCUUUCGCCUAGCUUCGUCACUGCGGUUGGUCAAUAUAUCAGUCAUCUGGACAAUAAUAUUCGCCGAUGUGGGAUGCUGGCAGCUGAAGUGGUUGCGACACGUGCAGGCAAGAACUUAGAUUUCGGAGAUUGGGAUGGAGAUGCCGACGGGAAGCCCUGGGCCAGAGAUCUAAGAGCACUUUGUUCGGUUCGAGACAUUGAUUUUAACCCUUGCACAGGCGAUGAAUUGGAGCCAGCCACGGAGGAGAGUACCCCAACAGAAGAUAUUAUCACUGCUGGUGUUCUGGACGAUGCUAAAAUAUCAGCGUUGAAGCUCAUAGAGGCUAGUAUCACCACUGGCUACGACUCAGACGACUCACUGACCGGCUACGCAUCGCCAACCUCCUCCCGCUCCGCGUCACCCACGCCCUCAGAGCUCAACGAAAUGGAGGAAGAUCCCACUUUACGUGUUGGAGUCAAGAAAAUUCCGCGACCUGUGUACCUUGCGCAGCUAGGCGAGAUGGUGCGGAACGCUAGAGUAAAGCCCGGCGAAGAGAGCCAGGAAGCCGACAAAAUCGAAAUGGCACUCAACGUUGCAGAAGAGUUGAUCAGGAGGAAAAGGGAUUAUGGGACUGAACUUGAGGAAAACGCUGCUAAUUUGAUCUAUGGAUUUACUUCGCUGAAUGAUAACUUCGAGCUUGACGGCUUCGAGAACAAGCGUCAGCGUACCGUCAAUGCUCUGGUAGCGUGUUGCCCUCGGGUCUCUGCCGCGUGCAUUAUCGAAGAAUUCUUCAGCAAUCAGUAUUCCACAGAGCAACGCUUUGUUAUACUUAACGCCCUUGUGUUUGGAGCACGAGAACUAGCGUCACUCCCCGUCCAUUCUGCAAGCUUGCAGCCUCUUAAUAAUCAGCGCACCGCAUUUCCUAGCAAAACUUUGCCUCCUGCCCUUCAUCAGAAAUAUCUCACUGCCGAUGGCCAAGCCAACGGAACUGUUCAAGGCUUGCUUGAGGGUGCCACACGGGCAGCAAUUGACAGGGGAAAGGAAGCUACCGCCGACAAAGUGCCAGAGUUCGUACGAGAACGGCAGCUGCGCAUACGGACAUCUCCUAAAGUCGCUGAGGUGUCGCCUGCAGAAAGGCGAAGUCGAGCUCUCUUGCCAGGCCAAACUUCACAACCCCAUCGAACUGCAUUCAUAGACGUCGCAGCCGAAUACUUCAUUAUGCCGUUUAUCAACCGUUUCUGGGCAUUCCUGCGGAAUGAGCAGACACGCGAGGAGAGAACAGCACACCGUGAUGCUCUGUAUCGGUAUCACGGUGCUGGCACAGGUCUUGUUCUCAACCCCGUUGUUCUGUCACAAUUUAUGGGCUCUCUGGCGUUGCUGGUGCAUGCAGCACAGAAUUCUUCGCAAUGGCUGUCUAUUAUUGCACCAGGCGCACUAGAGCUCGCGGUCGCCUUGGGACUAACUGGCGAAGCCCGGGGCAAGGAGGCUUCGGUACUCACAGCUGCUCUUGAGCUUUCCUUAAUUGUCCUGGAUGGCUGUCUCGAACUCGAUGGGGGACGCUCGCUCGGUCUUGAGCACACUGCACUACUGUUGGGGGUUGGAGAAUGGGCUGGGAAGAUUUUUGAGCUACUUGAGAAGGGCACUCUGGUAGAAGGUGGUGGGGGAGUCCAUGAGGUCCGAUUGCGUAGGGCUGCCGCAGGGGUACUGCUGAAGGUCGAUGAAUUAACCUCAAAAUGGCAAAGGUCAAUGGUAGAUGUCCGAUAG